AUGAGAAACUCUCAGAGGAGGAAGGAGAGCUACUCUGAUCUCUCGGAUGCUACAGGACAGAGUGUCUGCAAGCGUGUGCCAGAGCCCUGCUCCCAGCUGGCAUCAUGGACCUGCCUUGUCAUCUUUAUAGUGCCACAAUUUAUACCGUUCUGUGUUUGCCCUGUCGUCUCCCAUAGCCUGCACUUCUUGCCGUUGGCUCGGUUAGCUUUGUCUUCACCCACCAGUGGAGGGGAAAGUUUUGUUUCAGCCAAUGGAGGUGAAAGAUCUGCAGCUUUGCUAACUCAAACUCAGUCUUCUCCCCUGCCCCCACUGUUUCUUAGAGGAAUGUAUUCUGUCUGUAAGGUCAGUUAA